GUUCCCCAUUACAGUCAUCUUUACACCAACGCUAGAAGGAGAGACGGCCUUCAACGUCAAAUGUGAUGUCACGAGGAAGACUAAGCCUCUCCGCCUGAACAUCAAGGCCACGGGCUAUAGAGCGAACGUGUCUGUCAGGUGUGAGGACGGCGACGGCCACGUCAUUGAACUCACUGCACAGAAGAUCAACGUCAUUGAUUUCAAGGAGGUACAUCUGAACGAGAACAUCAGGCGCACCUUCAGCAUCAGCAACAAGGGCAAGUUCAGCUGCGCCUUCUCCUGGUACCUGAGCGGCCCCGCAGCCUGUCUGCCGCUCCUCGCCAUCACCCCUCCGACGGGCACCAUAGAGGCAGAGGGCGAAGCCGAGGCCCAGCUGGCAUUCCACCCACAGAAGAUGUGCACGUUAAAGGACGUCAAGCUGACGCUGCAGAUCAACAAGGGUCCCACGUUUACCUGCGUGUUCCUGGCCACCGUGGUAGCGCCCGCUGUGCACUUCUCCACCACCAAACUCAACUUUGGACCCAGCUUCAUCUACCAGACUGGGAUGGUGCCUGCCCAGCAGACCCUUUACAUCACAAACAAGGCAGACAAGGAUGUGAGUUUGGACUGCCUGUUCACCAGCACCCUGCACCUGGAGGUGCACUUGCCAAGCCGCGUCCUGCGGCCAGGAAGGACGAUGGAGGUGCCCGUCACUUUCUGUCCCAGAGAAGUCACAUCUUAUCACGAGCUCGUCCCGUUUGAAAUCAACGGUCUUUGCCGGCAGACUGUUGAGGUCCAAGGAAGGGGCAUGGAAAUGAAGGUUGAUGUCGUAGAACCACAAGGAAAAGUGGUGGCGCUGGGAGCCCUCUCCAUCGGGCAGACGGUGAAGAAGACUGUCACCAUAGUAAACAACAGCACCGCCCCUGUCCGUUUUAAGCUCAGUCUCAUCUCCACCAUCCCAGAGCUGCAAGAAGCUGGGGUUCUCUCCUUGAACCCCACCAAAGAAAUACGUCUAAAGGCCGAAGGAGGUACCUGUAAAGUGGAGGUGACCUUCUCUCCAAAAUGCCGCAUCCAGCCGUUCACCGAAGAAGUGAUGCUGCAGUGCCGUGGCCUGGUGCGCUCCCUCUUCGUGGUGCGGGGCUCCUGCCGGGGCAUCCAUGUCAGCUUGGACCAGGAACACCUCAGCUUUGGAGCAGUGCUGCAGAAGAGCUACGCAUGCCGGCGCAUCAUCAUGCAGAACAUGGGCGACAUAAGAGUCAAGUUUAAGUGGGACAUCGAGAGCUUCAAGCCGGAUUUCUCCAUCAGCCCCACGAAGGGUGACAUCUCCCCAGGAAUGAAUGUCCCCUUGCUUGUGACCUUCCAUCCCUCUAAGCCGAGCGAUGCCAUCCAGUACGACGGCCUGCAGUGCUUCAUCGCGGGCAGGGAGCCGCUCCGCCUUACUCUGGCAGGAUCCUGCACGGAGACCCCUCUGAUCAAAGAGACGCUGACUUUCAAGGGCAACGUGCGUGAGGAGCUCAGCCAGGUGGUCCUCCUGUCCAACCCAAGCAACGAGGCCUGGACUGUGAGAGCGGUCAUUGAGGGGGAGCACUGGAAAGGGCCUGAACUUUUCCAUCUAGACGCCAAUCAACAAAACAAGCCCUACAAGAUAACCUACAAACCGCUGACCACAAGCUCCGAGAAAAAGAAGCAUGAGGGCUCCAUCUUCUUCCCAUUGCCAGACGGAACAGGAUUGUACUACGUCCUGCAAGGGACUGCUGAGACCCCAAAGUGUUCAGGGACCGUUUCCCGGCAGGUCCCAUGCAGGACUUCCUACACUGAGCUCAUCCCUGUUUCCAACUGGCUGAACAAACCACAGAGGUUCCUCGUGGUAGUGGACAUGCUCAAACCAGAAAAGCUGGAAAGCAGUUCUGUGCUGCGAGGGCCAGAAUACAUCGACGUGCCAGGUUCCACCACGAAGGACUAUGAGCUCACGUUCCAGUCCUACAAGGAAGGAGUCUUUAACGCAAUGGUGACCUUCCUCAACGAGGUGACCAAGGAGUAUUUAUUCUACAUGGUGACUUUCAAGGCCACCGCUUCGGGACCCAUCAGUACUGUAGAAUUGACCACCGCUGUUCGGCAGAGAGUGUCUUCCACCAUCAAGGUGGACAACCCUCUGCGUGUCCCGGUGACGUUUACGGUGGAUUGCAAAGUGCCCGACAUCAGCGUUCCAUCACGUUUCACUGUUCCUGCACAGUCGGAG